AUGCAUAAGAGAGCACAACCUACAUUUAAAAAUAGAUGUCACCUGAUAAAUGAAAAAUUUGGCCCUUUAAUGAUGAAUUUUAAGUUGUAACAACAAUUAAUUAUAAAUGGAAUAGAAUAUUCAAGAAGUCUAUAAUAAAAUAUUUUUCUACCUAAACUUUUAUGA